AUCAAUAUAUAUAGAAUAUCAUUCCAUAAAGACCAAAUACACAAUUAAUAAGAUAAAUUCAAGUAUCAAACCUAUUGGAAAAUCUAAUGUAAUCAAAAAAUCAAGCAAGUCAAACUUUCAUUGAUUCUAAAGUAAGUCUCAUCAAAUCAAUUCAUCAAUCCAUCAAAAUACACGCAGGCAUACUACACACACACACGUACCAUAAAUACACUUUGAGAAAGAAAAAGAAAACAAAAAGAAAGACGAAAAAAAUUAAAUCAAACAGUUCUCCUUGUUUUCCAUUCAAAAUGUCCUCAAUAAUUCAAAGAUAAAAACAGAAAAAGAAAAAGAAAAGAAAUCGAUCUAGAAAACAAGAUAUAUAAGAAAAAAGAAAGAAGAUUUAAAGUAUAUAAUUGAUCAAGAUCUAUAAAAAUGAAAAAAAAUGAAAAAAUGUGAAGAUCAUGAAUAAUGAGGUUUUUAGAAAAUCUAAGUUUGAAAAGAUUAUGAGAAGAAGAUUAAACCUUUCAAAGCCAACCUCAAGCUCAAUAAAAAUGAAUGAUAUGAAGUUUGAUGAAAAAGUGACGAUGAUAAAGAAAAUGAGAAAUCGGAUUAAGGAAGCAAAAGAUAUGAUAUGAUUUGAUGAAGGUGUGUUUAGAUGGCUAAUAAC